GAAGAAGAAGGAGGAGAAGUAAACGCAAAUUUAAGUGUGUUCCUGUAAUGUCAAUUUUUCAUCAGAAAAGCAUCUGAGGCAGAGUAAACUUUUUUGUUUUUAUUUAACUAAACUCUCGUCUCAUUGUAAGUCAUAGGUUUGGCGGAACUCCGCCCCGCACUUUAAUUUUGAAGUUUGCAGAUUGAGAACUGUUAACAUCGGUUAUCUGCUGACUCCAACAUGAGCCAACAAGCUGCAGCUCUGCAGACCUACAAUAAUGAAUUUGUCAAGUGUUAUGAUGACCUUUGUUCCAAACGGGAAGAGUUGAGCAGUCAGAUCAAGUUGGAGGAAGAGGAGAAGGAACGACUCCAGCACGACAUCCGCAGCCUCUCGGAGAAGCUGAGCCGAGUUAAUGAAAGUCUGGCACAAAAAAUGGCUGCACAUGACACCAUCAACCGCACCAUCGCCGAGACCGAGGCUGCGUACAGCAAGAUCUUGGAGAGUUCACAGUCCUUACUGAGUGUUCUGAAGCAGCAGGCAGUAAACUUCAGUAAAACCUCAGCGCCCCGGAGGAAAGAGCACUAAUAUGUGGAAAGACUACAAGGAAGGAACUCUUCCAAGAUUUUGACCAUUUGGAUUUUGUUUUAGAUUUUGCAGCAAUAAAUCAUGAUUAGCACCCAA